AGCAUUCUUGUUAUACUCACUGUGGAACCUAAGGGGUUAAUCCCCCACAUUGUGUAAAAGGCUGCUUUAUCCUGCAUUUUCUGAUCCUCCGCUUCUUCUACCUUCCCCAAUCCAUCUGCUGAUAGUACAGAGCUCUAGGAGGCACUCUGCACAUGCUUAGUUUAGUGUGUAUUGUUACAGAGUUUUUUUUUUUCUUUGGGAUGGUGCAUGUGAUCAGCACAGGGCCAAUCAGCACUGUCCAGACAGAGGUCAGG